AUGGUUGUCUGUACCCAUAUAAGCGGAAGUGCAAUAUGCAUUAUAUUUUCUUCCCUUUUUACCUUUACCUGGCCAAACGCCGAGGCUUUCGAUUUAAAUGAUGAUGUUUUUUAUCAUAUCCGGUGGAAAGAGGAGGAAAUUUCGCCGCGGGAGGACUCUCCUUAUGUCCUAGUGAAUACGAUUCAUAAUGAAUCUUUCUCGUGCUCUCUGCCAACGGCGAUUAAAGGAAAAGACUAUCAAGCAUAUGUGGAAUCCGACAAAAACGGAUCAAUGCUGCUUAAGGAAAUGUUUACUGCCGUACCUUGCACAUACAAGGUUUAUGGUUAUUGGACGUACGAAUUGUGUCAUGACAAGCACAUCCGGCAGUACCGUGCGGAAGUUAUAUCUCCCGAGUCAACACGUAUCGUAAAAGAAUUCUACCUCGGAUAUAAGCAGGCACCCGAAACCGACGCUGAUAUGGGUUCUUUCGAGGUAUGCUCCUCGUAA